AUGGCUAUCACAGCAGACUACGUCGUCGUCGCAGGCGCGGUUCUCGCGAUCUGCGCACGGGCCCUUUACCCUCUCCUUCAACCCCUCCUCGUCCGUUUCUGGUCGCCAAUUCGUCAUCUAUCUGGCCCCUCGUCUGCCUCCUUUUCAUGGGGGAAUGUUCGGCAGAUGGAAGACAAUACGGCACUCGUGCACGCAAAUUGGAUAGCCCAGUACGGCAAAGUCUUCAAGAUAAACGCAGAGUUCGGGACGCAUAGACUAUUUGUUGCCGAUACAAGAGCUGUGUCGCAUGUCUUGACCAAUUCAGACGUCUACCAGAAACCGCGAUCAAACACGCGCUCGCUCAUGCAUACGCUUGGACCCGGGAUCCUGACUGUCGAAGGCGAUACGCACAGGAAACAGCGUCGAACUUUGAAUCCUGCAUUCGGACUAGCUCACCUUCGCGAGUUGACCACCAUCUUCGAUGACAAGGCCAUUCAGCUCCGCGAUAUCCUACUUUCGAAAAUCAGCAACGGUGGCUCGACUAGUGCCGAAGUGAACAUAGUCCCACUAUUGCACAAGUGCACUCUCGAUAUCAUCGGAAUGGCGGGCUUUGAGUACGACUUCGGUGUCUUGGAACGAAGCGACAGUCCGAAUGAAUUGAACGAUGCCAUGCGGAAGAUGUUCUCGACCCCUAUGUCGCCGCUUGAUGUCAUGCACAACAUGCUCCCCAUAACUCGUAUCAUCCCUAGUAAACGUGAUGCAUGUGUUCGCGAUGCUCGUGUGGUCAUGGAUAACGUCGGCUAUCAGCUCAUAGCGAGAAUGAAGGCGGACGUCAUUGCGAAUGCCGAGGGUCGCGCUGUCGAAAAGAAGGACUUCCAAGGCAAAUCGCUACUGAGCCUGCUGGUGAAAGCAAACAUGGCGAGCGAUCUUCCGGAAACCCAGCGGCUGACGGAUGAAGAAAUGUUGGGGCAAAUUCCGACUUUCAUCGUCGCCGGGCACGAGACGACGAGCACCUCCGUCACUUGGAUCACCUAUGCCCUCUCCGCCCACCCCGAGAUUCAAGAGAAACUUCGCAACGAAAUACUCGCUAGCGACUUUGGAGACCGACCUACCAUGGGACAACUGAGCGAAUUGAGCUACCUGGACGCCGUCGCUCAUGAGACAUUGAGGAUGUAUCCACCAGUGCCGAUGUUGACUCGAGCCGCCGUGGAGAACGACGUGAUCCCGACUGCAGAGACCUGGACUGAUGCGCGCGGCGUAGAGCAGACUGGCGUUAGAGUUGCUGCCGGAGAUACCGUGACCAUCUCGAUCAUGGCCAUGCACCGCUCAAAGGAGAUCUGGGGCGACGACGCGGACGUCUUCCGCCCAGAGCGAUGGCUCGGUGGGGCACCGGCUGGCGCGGCCGCCCUGACCGGUGUAUGGGCGAACUCCUUGACCUUCUCAGCGGGCCCUCGUAGUUGUAUCGGAUAUCUUUUCUCUGUCGUGGAGACCAAGGCGCUCGUCUACACUCUCAUACGCUCCUUGCGUUUCUCGCUCGCCAUUCCGGAAGCCGAUAUUGGCGUCAAGAGCCGCGGCAUCAUGCGGCCCUUCCGCAUUUCCAAGCCGGAGGCAGGCGCGCAACUCUUGGUCAAUAUCUCUGCUGCUUGA